AUGCCCUCGCCCUGCCUCCUCCUACUGCACCUCGGACUGGCCAAGCCCCCCGACUACUCUGUCCUCUCGCGCCGCGUGGCCGCGCUCCGCUCCGACAGCACAACCGUUCGCCUCCUCGUGCUCGACUCACUGCUGCCGCGACAACGGCUGAGCCUCCAGCUUGGCCCACCCUAUAGCCAGAUGCUGAGCGACGCGAGAGCGUCCGGAGAGCCGAUCGCGGUGAUCGGCGUUAACCAGCGCACCGGGCGCUUGUUGACACGCGGCGUGGAGGUGCGCAUCGAGUCUCUCUCCCACUUCAUGGCUUCGGACGGUGGCUUUGCGAGUCAUUCGACGACGUGGAGCACCGGCUUUCGCGCCAUCGACGCCGCGCUCGUCGGCGGGCGCCGGUGCGAGGUACUGCUGCCGGAGGGCGUUCGGUGGCCACCGAACGAGCGGACUUUCGAGGCGCGUGUGCGGUGGCUCGAGUCUGAAGCUACCAUGUCGGUCGCGGCGUGCGAGGCGCUCACAGACUCGCUCGCGCCUCUGGUGGGCGAGUGGGUCGCGCUCGCCAAGGAGACGCAGCGCGAGAGGUCGCCCGGCCAGCUCGACGCCGUGCUGAGCGACCUCGGCCCGCUGUGCGAGAUGCAGACGGCGGACGACGUCGCGUUUUGGAUCGGCGCUCUCAUCAACCCACUCCCCGCGCUGGGCGCAGCGAGGGAGAUCCGCGCCUUCCUGCUUGAGGCGAGCAGCCCCGCGCUGCGGGUCGAGUGCGUAAGGCGGGCCCUCGAAGAGUCCAUCGGCCGGAUGAGAGAGCAGCCCCCGGGGCCAAUCGAGGUCGAGCCGUCGACGCGGAGGACCUUCUGA